AGCGGCGACGGCGGCGGCGGCGGCAGCGGCCCCGGCCGAGGUGCGCGCUGGGGGGGAGGGGGGGCCGGAGAGGAGCAUGAAUGGAGCAAAAUGGCGGAUCAUGUGCAGAGCCUGGCCCAACUAGAAAAUCUGUGCAAACAGCUGUAUGAAACAACAGAUACAACCACUCGACUCCAGGCAGAGAAAGCCUUGGUUGAAUUUACCAACAGUCCCGAUUGCCUGAGCAAGUGCCAGCUACUCCUCGAAAGAGGAAGUUCAUCUUACUCCCAGUUACUGGCAGCUACAUGCCUUACCAAGCUUGUAUCACGCACAAACAACCCCCUACCAUUGGAACAACGAAUAGAUAUUCGGAACUAUGUGCUUAACUACCUUGCCACUCGGCCAAAGUUGGCUACUUUCGUGACACAAGCACUUAUUCAGUUAUAUGCCAGAAUCACAAAACUGGGCUGGUUUGACUGUCAGAAGGAUGACUAUGUCUUCAGAAAUGCAAUCACAGAUGUCACGAGGUUUUUACAGGAUAGUGUUGAAUACUGCAUCAUUGGUGUCACGAUUUUAUCUCAGCUAACCAAUGAAAUUAAUCAAGCAGACACCACCCAUCCUUUAACCAAGCACAGAAAAAUAGCCUCUUCUUUUCGAGAUUCAUCAUUAUUUGAUAUCUUCACACUUUCCUGCAAUUUACUAAAACAGGCUUCAGGAAAGAAUCUAAACUUGAAUGAUGAAAGUCAGCAUGGCUUGCUCAUGCAACUGCUCAAACUCACUCACAACUGCCUAAAUUUUGAUUUCAUCGGCACUUCUACUGAUGAGUCCUCAGAUGACCUGUGUACAGUACAGAUUCCCACCAGCUGGAGAUCAGCAUUCUUAGAUUCUUCAACUCUGCAGCUGUUUUUUGAUCUGUAUCAUUCCAUCCCUCCUUCAUUUUCACCUUUGGUAUUGUCCUGCUUAGUGCAGAUCGCCUCAGUCAGAAGGUCCCUGUUCAACAAUGCAGAGAGGGCCAAGUUUCUCUCCCACCUUGUCGAUGGUGUUAAACGAAUACUGGAAAAUCCACAGAGUUUAUCAGACCCAAACAAUUACCAUGAGUUCUGCAGACUGCUGGCCCGGUUGAAGAGUAACUAUCAGCUGGGAGAAUUGGUAAAGGUGGAAAACUAUCCUGAGGUCAUCCGAUUGAUAGCUAACUUCACAGUGACCAGCCUGCAGCACUGGGAAUUUGCCCCAAAUAGUGUGCACUAUCUUCUGAGCCUAUGGCAGCGGCUGGCAGCCUCUGUGCCAUACGUCAAAGCCACAGAGCCCCACAUGCUGGAAACUUACACUCCUGAGGUCACCAAAGCCUACAUCACAUCCCGGUUGGAGUCUGUGCACAUCAUACUGAGAGAUGGCCUGGAAGACCCACUGGAGGAUACGGGUCUGGUCCAGCAGCAGUUGGACCAGCUGUCUACCAUUGGGCGUUGUGAGUACGAGAAGACAUGUGCGCUCCUUGUGCAGUUGUUUGACCAGUCGGCCCAGUCCUACCAGGAGCUGCUCCAGAGCGCCAGCGCAAGCCCAAUGGACAUUGCGGUGCAGGAGGGAAGGCUGACGUGGCUGGUUUACAUUAUUGGAGCAGUGAUUGGUGGCCGGGUUUCUUUUGCCAGCACUGACGAGCAGGACGCUAUGGAUGGUGAGCUUGUCUGUCGGGUGCUCCAGCUGAUGAACUUAACAGAUUCUCGCUUGGCGCAGGCCGGUAACGAGAAGCUAGAAUUGGCCAUGCUGAGCUUUUUUGAGCAAUUUCGUAAGAUCUACAUUGGGGACCAGGUGCAGAAGUCCUCUAAGCCCUCAAGAAAACCAGACAAAUCAAAAGAGUCUCUUGCUCUUUUUUUGUUUUUGUCCUCCAGUAUCACCAACUUGAAGUACUGGGGCCGUUGUGAACCAAUCACCUCCAAGACACUACAGCUUCUCAAUGAUCUCUCCAUUGGAUACAGUAGCGUAAGGAAGCUGGUGAAGCUUAGUGCGGUACAGUUCAUGCUGAACAAUCACACGAGCGAGCACUUUUCAUUUUUGGGUAUUAACAAUCAGUCCAACCUGACAGACAUGCGGUGUCGGACUACGUUCUACACAGCACUUGGGCGUCUCCUCAUGGUGGAUUUAGGAGAGGAUGAAGAUCAGUAUGAGCAGUUCAUGCUGCCACUCACAGCAGCGUUUGAGGCUGUGGCCCAGAUGUUUAGCACUAAUAGUUUCAACGAGCAAGAGGCAAAGCGAACUCUAGUUGGCCUGGUGAGAGACCUGAGAGGGAUAGCUUUCGCCUUCAAUGCCAAGACCAGCUUCAUGAUGCUCUUUGAGUGGAUAUACCCAUCCUACAUGCCAAUUCUCCAACGGGCAAUUGAGCUCUGGUACCACGAUCCAGCCUGUACCACACCUGUGCUCAAGCUGAUGGCUGAAUUAGUUCACAACAGAUCCCAGCGACUCCAGUUUGAUGUCUCUUCUCCCAAUGGCAUUUUACUUUUCCGAGAAACCAGCAAGAUGAUAACAAUGUAUGGCAAUCGUAUCCUGACACUAGGAGAAGUCCCAAAGGAUCAGGUCUAUGCCCUGAAACUCAAGGGGAUCUCCAUCUGCUUCUCCAUGCUGAAGGCUGCCCUCAGUGGGAGUUACGUCAAUUUCGGAGUCUUCCGUCUCUAUGGGGAUGAUGCCCUGGACAACGCCCUACAGACCUUCAUCAAGCUGCUUCUCUCUAUUCCUCACAGUGACCUCCUGGAUUACCCCAAGCUCAGCCAGUCUUAUUAUUCACUACUGGAAGUCCUGACCCAGGACCACAUGAACUUCAUUGCAAGCCUGGAACCUCAUGUCAUCAUGUAUAUUCUCUCUUCCAUUUCUGAAGGACUUACUGCACUUGACACCAUGGUAUGUACAGGCUGCUGCUCCUGCCUGGACCACAUCGUGACAUACCUCUUCAAGCAGCUGUCACGGAGUACCAAGAAGAGGGCGACACCCCUGAAUCAGGAGAGUGAUCGCUUUCUGCAUAUCAUGCAGCAGCAUCCAGAGAUGAUCCAGCAGAUGCUCUCCACGGUGCUGAACAUCAUCAUCUUUGAAGACUGUAGGAACCAGUGGUCUAUGUCCCGACCGCUACUUGGCUUGAUACUACUUAAUGAAAAGUAUUUUUCUGACCUAAGGAACAGUAUCGUGAACAGCCAGCCACCAGAGAAGCAGCAGGCUAUGCAUCUGUGCUUCGAAAACCUGAUGGAAGGUAUUGAGCGAAAUCUUCUUACGAAAAACAGAGACAGGUUCACCCAGAACCUGUCAGCAUUCCGUCGAGAAGUCAACGACUCGAUGAAGAAUUCCACUUAUGGCGUGAAUAGCAAUGACAUGAUGAGCUGACACCUCCUUGGACUCUACCUGUACAGAGCAGCGUCCCUUUGGUUUGGCCCAGGGGGACGAACAAUUGCAAGGGGGAGGGCCUGGCUGAUCCUGGCUCCUUCCUCCAGGGGUGUGGGGAAAAUGGCAAAGGUCAACUAGCUACUCCCCAGGGAAUAGGGGUGUGAGUGCACUCACUAGAGGGCAGGGCGCUGCUGGUUCCUGGGGACUGGGUGGGAAGGGUGGUGGGAGGAGAUAGAGACACAAAUGUCUGAGACUCCAGCCCCCUCCUCCUGGGGCCACCCAAGGGGGAAGAACCCCCAGUGUCCUGCCACAACCUGCCUUGUAUAAACAUGUACAUUUUUUCAUAACAUUUUGAACAAGGUUUAUAUUGACUCAAGUUUAAAAACAAAAGUGUGACUGAAAAAUUUUUACAGAGUCUAGUGCACCAAUGCUGAUGCGAGGGGUUGUGUAUGCGAGUGAGGAAAACGUGUAUUCUGUGGCCUGAAGCUUUACUGGACAAGGAUGUGUGAGAGUGCAGAGAUAUAUUUAGUGACACAGUAUAGAGGCAAAAAAAGUAAAAAUCCCAAAUGUAUAUUUUUUCUUAUUGCCCUUUCCUCACCCCAAAAUGAUCACUUCCUGUUACUGUAUUAACCCUUGUUAUUAGGAACUCUAAGCCAUGCCAGAGCACCACCCUCCCCCCAUAACCGUAGACGCUGCCCUAGGUCCCUGGCCUCUUGCAGUGACAAGUAACUCCAGCUAAAAGUGUUUGGUGUUCUUAUCUCCAUCCUUUUCCCACUUUGCUUACCCUCAUCCUCAGACAGAUGCCUCUUGCUUUUAAAAGUUGGAUUUAACUAUGUGUUGUAGGGUUCUUGGUCUCUGCAGAGACCAGAGAGAAGGAAACGAGCCAGUUGCUCUCCUGUUGCGCGAUCUGGAUGAGUCCACCAGAGGCCCAGCUGCGUGUGGCCAAUAACUUUUAGUCUUCCCCAGCCCUCGAGGCAGUGUGUGUGGCUGUGUGCGUGUGGAUAUUUAUAUAUGUACCCUGCACUCAUGAAUGUAUGAACUGGAGGAAGUUACUACAGUGGAGGGUUCUUAAUAACAAGGUCUACCUAGCAUGAAGUAUUUAACAUCCUCCCACCCCUUUAAAAAUAUACAUUUUUAUAAAAUGAAAACCAUAAUAAAUGUUUUGAAUAUUAAAAAAAAAAUUAACCUACAGAGGAAAAUUAAUGGAGAAAGCUAUUUGCCUUGUACUUUUUCCACAAUUGUUGCUGCUAGUUGUACACAUCUCUAGUUCAGCUCUUGCCCACGGGACACUCAUCAAUUAGGUUUUAUUUUUAUUUCUCUCCUCUACCCCCAGAAACAAGCCUGUUAAUUUUUUUUUCCUUCUCCUCUGGCGACUGUGUGGUGAAUCCUUUCUUGCGUGAUCAGGUUGCGGAUAGACUUGUAAGGGUGUUUGCUGCAUACAGUGUAAGCAUUGUGACCGCCAAUAAACUUCAAUGGUUUCUACUGA